AUGCUGGCGCUAAACAUCAUGGAGCUUCUGGUGGGAUGCCAAUAUUUCGGUCGCGUCUUCUCGGAGCCAUCAGCCGCUGUUCAAGGAAAGCAAAUGUAUCGGCUGUUCUGUUCAAAGUACCUUGGUAGCUCAAUGGGCCCCGUUAAGUCUUCGUCCUCCCGGGAACUUGGCGUGCGGAGCUCCAAAGCGGGUGACCAAGGGGUUUGA